AUGGCACAUUCACGUCAAGAUGCGGAGAUACAAGCAGUUAAGAAUGGCCUUUACAGCAACCAGUGGAACGAUCUUACCAAAGGCUAUAAAAUAUUCCAAGACGAGUUGUGUUUUUAUCAAGACAUCCUGUUAAGAGGGACUAAGAUCGUAAUGCCACAAAAACUCCGAGAUCCGACAUUGCGUAUUGCACAUGAGGGCCACCCAGGCAUAUGUGCCAUGAAAACUAGACUGAGGACUAAGGUCUGGUGGCCAAAAUGUGAUAGAGAUGCCGAGAACUUUUGCAAGGCGUGCAAAAGUUGUGUUUUGGUCUCGACUCCCAAUCCUCCUAACCCCAUGAAAAGGAGAGAGCUACCUUCGGAACCAUGGGUGGACACCGCAGUGGACCUGAUGGGCCCACUACCUAGUAAUGACUACAUCUUCGUAAUCGUGGACUAUUACUCUCGAUACAAGGAAGUGAAGGUUUGUCGGACAAUUACGAGCUCAGAAAUUAUCAACCAACUGAAGGACAUUUUCAGUAGAUUAGGUAAUCCAGUGUCCAUCACGGCCGACAACGGUCGUCAAUUUACCAGCGAGGAUUUCAAACUUUUUUGCUCCGAAAGAAACAUCAAGCUUUAUAACACCAAACUCUACUGGCCCCAACAAAACGGAGAAGUGGAGAGACAAAAUAGGGACAUCUUAAAACGCCUCAAGAUCGCACAGGCUGAGAAGAAAAAUUGGAAAGAGUCUCUCCGGGAGUAUAUGGCGGCAAUUCAGAGACAAUUACCGAUGAUACAAGAUAUGACGUACAGCUCGGAAGACUCGGAGAUGAGAGAUAGAGACAAAGAAUUAAAAGAGAAAGGAAAGGAGUAUGCAGAUAGGAAAAGGCGAGCAGUGGAAAGUGAAUUGAAUAUAGGGGAGAAGGUCUACGUAAAGAGUAUGCAUAAAAGUAACAAAUUGAGCCUCAAUUAUGAGCCAAUAUCACAUACCGUUGAGUCCAACAAAAACGGAGAUGUAGAAUUGCGCAAUGAUAACACAGGCCAAGUAGUUAGACGAAACAUUCUGCACCUAAAGCGAGUAGAAGGACAGUGGAAGGUAGAUAACGGAACUGAAGAUAUAGAUGCAGAACAUUCAAACAAGAGUGAAACCGAUUCUGAUUAA